UUUACUGCCAACGCACUGUAUCCUUUCCCUUCUUCAUUUGAAUUUGAACUUUUAAAAUUGCAGAGGGCUUUGGCGAACAAACCAGAAUAAAAAAUAAAUAAAUAAGGGUUCUCUGCUUCCUUCUCUCUACAAGGGUUCAGACGGCAGAGGAAGAGAGAGACUCCAGCGGUCGGCCGCCAGUAGAGCUGCUGCUACUACUGUUUCUUCUUCUUCUUCCUCUUCUUGUUGUUUUUAGUUCAAUUGAUUUUUUAGACUGAGUGAGAGUGCGUGUGUGGGGAAAUGGGGGCUUCUAAGGCGGCCUAUGAAGAAUGCAGAAGGCAGAGAGUGGAGGAGAACAAGCGAAGAAUGGAAGAGCUCAAUCUCAACAAGCUCUCUCUGGCUCUGCAUACCCCCAGCCCUAAACCCUCGCCGGCGAAGCGGAAGGUAUCCCAACGCCCAUUGGGCCUCUCUGCUGUACGAAGAUCUCUGCGUGUUGCUGACAAGCCCCCUCCUAACUACAAAGAAGUACCAAUUGAACCUUUGGGGAGACCAAGAAGCUAUACGCGGAGGGAUUUAUUGAAUAGAACAUAUGCUUCAGAUGAAGAAAGGACAUACGCUAUAGACAAAGCAGAAGAAUUGCAGUCGGGUUUAGAAUCCAAAUUCCCAAGCUUUGUGAAGCCAAUGCUCCAAUCCCAUGUGACUGGUGGAUUUUGGUUGGGUCUUCCCGUCCAAUUCUGCAAGAAUCACCUUCCAGACCAAGAUGAGACAGUCACUUUGGAGGAUGAAGAUGGAAAUGAAAGUGCAACCAAAUACCUUGCUAAAAAAACUGGACUUAGUGCUGGGUGGAGGGGAUUUGCAAUUGAUCACGAACUGGUUGAUGGGGAUUCUUUAGUUUUCCAGCUAAUCAAACCUACAAAGUUUAAGGUGUACAUAAUAAGAGUGGAUCGGUCAGGAGAUGGCGGUGAGGCUCUAGGUGUUACACACUUGGACAUAAGUGGCAAACGUAUCAGAGCAAGCAAAAAGUAGCAGAAGGUUUUCUGUCUUACCCCAGUUCUAUCUUCUUUUGUCCCAAAGAAAAGGCUAAGGUAAGAUAUCUUUUGUUUUAGGCGCUCGAGUUGUGAAGCCUUCAUCAUGGUUAACUACCCUAAUAUUUGUAUCGUUUAUCACAAUCUAUGACUUGUGUUCAAAGUCCACAAAAUAAAUGUACUAUGAUGCGUAACAUGAUGCAAGAGCAAAUGGCAUGUUCUCUUUGUAUUGAUGCAGAAUCGUAUAAAACUAAUUCGCUCAUGCAAGACUUUAUUUUACCAAA